CGCCAUUGAUCCACAGAUCAAGCUCUGGAGUUCUUCCGAUGCGUUUCAUUGUUGGAACAGCCUUCAAAUUGCCUCGGAAACCAUCAAAAUCAAAUCUUUCCUUCUUUUCUUCUGCUCAGAACUCUGAAAGAUCCAACCUGGCGUUGGAGAUUGAAGGUUGUAGAGUCAUCAAGGAAGGGGAAGCUCAGGUCCUCUUGGAUGACAGUAAUGGCGUUUUCUGCAACAAGGCUCAGGUUAACAACAGAGACAUGUCUAUUGCUGUUUUGCGGACAUUUAUUGCCAAACGCAAGGAAGAACAUGCUUCAAAGUUCUGUAGGGAGAAUGUAAAUGAUCCACUUAAGAGCCAUCAAGAACUUAAAGAACCAAUGGUUCUUGAGGCUUUUGGCUGCUUGGGAUUAAGAGCGAUACGUUAUGCCCAAGAAGUAGAAGGCAUAAGCCAAGUCAUUGCCCUAGAUAGCGAUAAAGGUGCUUUUAAUCUGCUUUUUUUUCCCUCUAGGAUCAUAUCCUGCCCUGUUGUCUUGCUUCCUAAGGAAGUUGUUAUGGAUUGA